GUAUAUUUAGGUUUUCAUCCGGUCGAGGAAAUACCUCCACCAUUGCAACAACGCGCAACUUCAAAAUCUACAACACCUCUGAAAAGAUCUGCAACAUCAAUUGAAAAGUCAGCGACUCUCCAGCAGAAUGGCACAAUAUCGUCGGGUGUGAGUGCAACAGUCGCAGUGGUGCAGAGCAGCCAUUCCGUUCAGUCGAAGAGUACUGAACAUGUUUCAUUUCCGGCGAACGUUUCCGCCACGAAUGCUGCUGAACUCCGUGCUCAGAACAUCACCACUCCGAGUGUGGCUGCCCCAGAAUUUGAAGACCGUAAUGAGCAAGAUGAAGGUGGAAAGGGAGAAGAGAUGUCUCAGGAUCCUGAUGCUCAUGUCGACGAAGCAGCGAAUGCUGCCCCACCAGCAGACGACGAAACGGCUGGUGAGGGCGUCGCUAAAGAGGACACCGAACCUGUGAAAGGAAAGGAUAAAGAGGAGAAUCAGCUCGGUGCAAUGGUUGAAGAUGCCAAAGGGAACAUACCUGCUCCGCCUGUCCCCAAUAAGGUUUAA